UUCAUCAAUAGCUGCAUGGUCUCAUAUCCCAGUCCGUCCUCCACCUGCGCGCCGGAGCGCCGACAAGUUGGUCAGACUUGAAUCCGCUUACAGGGACAAUGACGGGGAAUCUGUGGGGAUAUGGAAAAGAGGACGGUCCUUCUGUGUGGCACAAAAACUACCCCGUCGCCCAGGGGGACCGGCAGUCUCCCAUUGACAUUGUCCCCCAUCAGGCUUCACAUGACCCCAGUCUGGGUCCGGUCGUCCUGAAUUACGACCAGUGUACCUCCAUCAAAAUCGCCAACAAUGGACACUCUGUUGUUGUGGAGUUUGAUGACUCGGAUGACCGCUCAGUGAUCCGGGGAGGCCCUCUUGAUAACCCCUACAGGCUAAAACAGUUUCACUUCCACUGGGGCGUAAAGGGCUGCCACGGCUCUGAGCACACUGUCGCAGGAAAUAGCUAUGCUUCUGAGCUUCAUUUAGUCCACUGGAAUGCUGUCAAGUACACAACGUUUGGGGAGGCGGCAACAGCUCCAGACGGCCUCGCUGUCCUCGGCAUCUUUUUACAAACAGGUGACGACCAUCGAUGGCUCAACAUGAUAACAGACGCUCUGUACACGGUGAAGUUUAAGGGCAGUGCCGCAGAUUUCAAAGGUUUCAACCCCAAGUGCCUCCUGCCGAGCAGCCUCCACUACUGGACCUACCUGGGAUCCCUGACCACACCCCCCCUGCACGAGAGCGUCAUUUGGAUCGUCGUGAAGGAUCCAAUCACAGUGUCGGAAAAACAGCUGGGCAAGUUAAGAACUCUCCUGUUCACCGGAGAGGAAGAGGAUCAGAGGACACGCAUGGAAAACAACUUCAGGCCUCCCCAGCUUCUCAAAGGCAGGAACGUGCGUUCCUCCAAUUAAUGUGAACCUCGAGAGAUCUGACGUCGUAGACGACAAAAGGCUUUGAUUUGAUUGUACUUUAUUACCUCAUGGUAGCUUGUCCUGAUUUCUGAUUUGCUUUAAACAGAAGAGUAAUUAUCAUCGCUGCCAGCACAUUGGCACACACGUGUCCCUCUUCUGGUCGGAAGCUUCAAUGGCACAGUGAGGAAUAAGUUUUUGAAUGUUUUUUUAUUUAGGGAAAUGUAAAAGGGAUGUCGUGAAGCAAUGAAGGUUUGUUAUUUGACACUUGAUCUGUUCUAUUUGGUGAUAUUUUCUUAUUAUUAUUAUUAUGCCGAGCUAUAUGUUAAUUAAGUUUUAAAUGUUGGAUGUGUUGCAAAAGCAAGCUCUUGUAAGGUGCCAUCAUAUGUAACUAUUAUAUUGCAGACUGGUAUCAUAUCACUCUGCCAUCUGCAGAUUCCCAGCAUCAUACUCCUCCCUGAUCCCGAUUGAUCCUCUGUUGGUGGAUCCUUUCCAGUCCAACCAUCCCAACUGAAGGUGCUCCGUCUGCCCAUGACUUAGGGCGAGAGUCUCUGGUCCUUUAGAGCUCAUGAGACUUGAGAUAUCCGUCCCUGGGUGAUAGAUUUUUGUUAAAUCUGGAGAGCUUGCUAAAAAAUGUGUUCAGAGAUUUCUCAUUUGGGAUUUAUUAUAUGCAUCUCCUGCAGCUUUAACAUGAUGCCAUGUGAAUUCAAUAUUUCAAUCAAACGUGAAAUAUUUAAACAGUAAACAUCCUGCAGAAGUGUUUCCUCCCCCGUGCUGUUUUUCUACUAUACAGGACAUGAUUUACAUAGUUAUCAACAGCUCACCACUGGAGCUGCUCUUGUAAGAGAAACGCAUGCGUAUUCUAGGAUGUAAAUGCCACUUGUGAGACUUAUGGCGACUGUGUCUAAUGCAGGUCCUUAUUUAGAUAGCUUUAAGUUUUAUUAAUGCAGAUAUAAACUUAUCUUGUUCAACUACAAUAAAUCCACACAUAAAAAAUGGUACCUCAGUUAUAAUGUUUGUGAAAGAACAACAACAUUGUAAAUUAUGGGUGGUUUAAAUAUUUAUAUAAUUUAAAAUCCUAUGAUAAUAAAAUUAAAUAACUUAGGUUUGCAGUGUUUUCUCUCCCUAUUUGAAGCAGUGAUAUUUACAGAAAUAGAAAAGUCUUUAUGUAUUUGGCAUAUUCUAGGAUGUACUUCUAUCAACCAAACACAGCAGAUUUCUGCUCUUGUAAGUUUUUUUUUGUUUUGGAGUUUCAAAACAAAACUGCACACGGCAGGAUGUUGACAAGCAUUGAUCCCCUUCUUUGUUUCAGCUGCUUUAACUGAACCUUGUCCUUGUUAUCUACAAUAGGGUUUGAACCAAUGAGUCAUUCAAGGAAAUGUUUGAACUCACUCACUAAUCAGAAGUAGAAAUACUGGGCUCAAGGUAAUUAGUAGCCUAGAAGGAUGAGGGACGAAGAGAUGGAACAUGGACUAUGAUCAGUCAAUUAUUUACUAACUGUUUUAAUUGAGCUGGUUUUAUUUAGCCCUUUCAGCAUGCAAGAGUAUUUUAUGGUUUCUAAUAUCAAGAAAAUAAUAUUGUCAUGAAUGCACAUGGGUGUGGCUGUAAUGUGGAGGGAGGCCAUUACACCCGUUUGAUCUGCUGCCUGUGCUUCUGUCUUGGUUUUCUAAAUGGGACAAAUGGACAAAGAAUGUCCUUGUAUCAAUAAAGUGUCUUAUAUGAUAUUGCAAUAAAUAAUGUUGAUUA